AUGUUUUGUAAAUUUCUGUUCCCUAGAUAAAAUUUUUCAUCCUUGUACCCGAAAAGAAACUUUCACAUAGAUUACCUCUAGGAUAUUUAAAUCAUUUCAAAUGAUUAUUGCUCUAGCCUAAAACAUAUUUAUGAGUCAUUUUCAACUCAUAAAAUAAAAAUUUCAGACAUUCAGACUAUGAAAUUGAACCGUACUAAUAAGUAAUGUUAAUAUUCCUAAUAGAGUGACCAAAAGUUAAUUCUUAAAUUAACAUUCGAAAAGACCGACACACCAAGAUUUAAUAGAUUGUAUUCAGAAUUAUAAAAUGAACAUGGCUAAGUAUUAACUAAUUAAAACUCUAAAAUUCCAGUUGUUCCAUGGUAUCCAAGAAAUGAAAAUGAUUUAAAAUCACGUAAUGAAAUAAAUAUAUUUAAGUUGGACUUCUAAUGAUAGUUGAUGAAGAAAAUAACUAAGACCAUCCUCAAUUUACAGAUCAAUAGUACAGAAUAAGAAGAGAAGAUAUUGCAAAAAUCUCUUAAUAACACAUAUUUGGAUAAACUAUUCCAAAUAUUGAUUAUACUGAAUAAGAAGAAGCAACUUGGAAAAAGAUAUACUAAGUUUUAAGAGAAAAAGGAAAAUCUCUAUUGUCAUAAAGAUAUUUAAAAAACCUAUAGAAAAUUGAGAAUGCUUUAGGAUUUAAAUAUAAAAUACCUUAACUUAGUGAAAUUGAUGCCUAUUUAUAAGCUGAAACAGGAUUUAGAAUCAAAGCUACUCAUGGGAUCCUUAGCCAACGAGAAUUUCUAAAUGCUCUAGCUCAUAGAGUCUUCUGUUGUACUCAAUAUAUCAGACAUCAUUAAUAUCCAGAAUAUUCUCCUGAACCAGAUUUAAUUCAUGAAAUUUUGGUAUCAUAUUUAUUCUAAUAAAAAGGGUCAUGUACCAUUAUUUGCAGAUAAAGAAAUUGCAGAUUUAUCUUAAGAAAUUGGUAUCCUAUCCAGUGGAGCAGAAUAAAAAGAUAUAAAAAGACUUGGAACUUUAUAUUGGUCUACACUAGAGUUUGGGGCUUGUAAAGAAAAUGGUUAAAUUAAAGGUUAUGGAGCAGGAAUUGCAAGUUCAACUGGAGAGUUAGAUGUAAUUUUUUUAAAUUAUUUUUAGAAUUUUCCUAUUGCAAAUUAUGAAAAAUUUGAUCCAUUUAUUCAUGCAGACAGACAAUACCCUACUUAAAUAGUAUAGCCUACAUAUUUAUAUUCCGAAGACUUUGAUGAGGUGAUCCAAGAAUUAAUUAUGUUUGGCAAAAGUCUUUAGAAGCCAUUUGGAUUAUAUUACGAUUUUAUUGAAAAAGAAUUGAAGGCUACAAAAAUAAUUAAAACUCAUUUAUAAAAUCCAUGA